UAUACCCAUAAUAGAAGAAUAUUUAAAUUUUGGCCAAAAAAUGCAAAUAUAAAGAUUUGCAUUACUUAUUAGAGCAAGAAAAGCAUUUUAUAUCAGAAUCUUCAAUUGAAAUUGUUAUAAGUUAGUUGUUAUAAAAUAGUUAACAUUUGGUUAUAAGCUCUUUCUUCUAGUUAUACAGUUUGAAUGUUGAAAAUGAAAAUUCUAUUACGGGUAUGCUUCAUCUUCCAGUAGUUAGUUAACUUGUAAUAUUUUGAUUGUUUUCAAUGUUUUUGUUAUUGAUGUCAGUAGUGAAAUAGAAACUUUACAUUACAGAUUUCUAGCAGUAAUUUAUAAUUAGUUUAUUCUACUUGGAUUCUGAGAAAAUGUCUGAUCAUGAGGAUGAUGGUUUUGAUGAAGGAUUUGAUGAUGAAGGAGAAGGGAUGGAGGAUGUGGAAGAUGCUAAUGAUGAUAACCAAGAAGAGGGAGGUGUUGGGAUUCUAGAUGCCCAUGAAGCAGGCCCUAUAAGUCCUGCGAAUCGUAUUACUUCACCUUAUAUGACGAAAUAUGAACGUGCCCGUGUGUUGGGAACCAGGGCGCUACAAAUAUCUAUGAACGCUCCUGUGAUGGUUGAAUUAGAAGGAGAAACUGAUCCUUUACAAAUCGCAAUGAAAGAACUAAAAGCAAAGAAAAUUCCUAUUAUUGUUCGAAGAUAUUUACCGGAUGGUAGUUAUGAGGACUGGGGUAUUGAAGAGUUGAUAAUUGAGUAACUUGGACUUUAUGAGACCGUAUGGAUUACUACGUUUGUUUGAGUAAAGCUAUAGCUACUAUGCAUGUUCAAAUCGAACUAGGAUAUUGACGAGUGCAGCUGGCUUCCAAACUGUCAUCUACUGGUGUACGACUUGAAAUCUAUUAAAAUAAUUAUACUAUUCCAUGGUCUAGUAAAAAUCUUGAUUUUAAAUUGGUUUUUAAACAUUAUCUAAUAGGUCAUUGUCGGGGUCAAAAAAAUUUCUAACCACAAUUGAAAAAUGAGCCUUUACUUGAGCUGUAUGACACAGAACAAUACUCUUAUUUCUACUUUGUGUGUUGCCAGACAAAAUUAAUGUCACAAUUAUGUGUAUUCAAAUUUUGUUUGAAAUUAUGAUACUGCAUACAUUUUUUAUUAUCUUAAAACUGCCAUCAUUUUUUAGAA